GGUUGCGUUUGUUGUGGGCUGGGUUGGCGCAAUUCUUUGCAUGGCGCAGGUGUGGUACUAUGGGCCGAUUGCGCUGCUGGUGGGUACUUAUGGGGCGGAUAUGGGGAACUAUGUAGGGUUUGCGUGGGCUGCGCUGGUGUAUCCUCCUUUGAGGAUGUUGGAGAUCAAGAGGUUCGGCAGGUGAACGAUGAGUAGGGAUUUCUGGAGCUCGUCAGUGUAGAUGCGCUGCCCGUCCACGGCAGUAGUGCUCACUGUGGUCAGCGCAUUGAUCUGCUCUCAGCAUUGUCUCUGCUUGAAACUGUACACGAUCAAGUGUCCUGCGUUCCUAGUAAGUCAGGACGUUUACAGCUCAGCAUGCAUUCCUUCACUUCAAAUUUCCCUUUCAUCCGAGGCGUUUUGUGUUCUCUUUUCUCUCUCUCACCGCGACUUCCGCUUCUUCCUAGCCAGGCUUGGCAGUGCGUGCCUUCACUGCGACUCCCAGUUCCGACUGCCCUACAAAGCUUUGACGACCUCCAGCCUCCUCGACGAUCGUCCCCUCGCUAUCCCACCGCACCGUAUCUGCUCCAACCGCAUCCGUCACGUCCCGUUCUAGCGCCAAAAUGCCCUCCUGUAGGCUUUCAAACUUUUGUGCAUACCGUGGCAUCGAGUUAACCCACACUCAGAUGCCGAUAUUGACCUCAUUAACCUCGUAGGC